AACAAUUUACGGCAACCAGACGGCAACCCAUGAACUACAAACGCGCAGGCGCACUGUGCUGACCUUCUGUGGAUCUUAAGCAAGCAUGGCUGCUCGGGCACUGACGAGAGGCCUUUUGGGGUUACGACACUCACGGACUGUUACGCUCACAUACAGUGGUGGACAUCACUAUGCAACAGCAACGUCUGUUAAAUCACCUCAACCCCAAGUUGAUGAAUAUACAGAUAAAAUUUUAAACCAGCCCCUUCAGAAGCCGGACUUCUUCCGUGUGUCUGAGCUUUUCUCGUUGAAAGACCUGUUCGACGCCAGAGUGCAUCUUGGUCAUAAAAAAGGUUGCAGGCACAGAUUGAUGGAGCCUUAUCUCUAUGGCUGCCGUUUAGACCACGAUAUAAUUGAUCUCGACCAAACAGUGGAACACCUUCAGCUAGCCCUGAACUUCACUGCCCAUGUCGCAUACCGUGGUGGUGUCAUACUGUUUGUCAGCCGUCGCCGUCAGUUUAGCCACCUGGUGGAGUGCACUGCUAAGGAUUGUGGGGAGUACGCACAUACGCGGUACUGGCAGGGCGGCCUCCUCACCAACGCCAACAUCCAGUACGGCUCAGGAGUCCGCCUACCAGACCUCAUCGUCUUCCUCUCAACUCUGAACAAUGUGUUUCAGCAGCAUGUGGGUAUCAGAGAUGCAGCCAAGAUGAACAUCCCCACAGUGGGUGUGGUGGACUCAAACUGCAACCCCAGCCUGGUGACGUACCCCAUUCCUGGGAAUGACGACACUCCAGUCACCAUGGAGCUCUACUGUCGCUUAUUCAAGAUGACGAUCAGCCGUGCCAAAGACAAAAGGAGACAGAUGGAGAUACUUCAUGGCCUGUCAGCGCCCUCCACACCAAGCUCAUGCCAUGAAUAAAUAAAUAAGAGACAAUAAAAGUACAUUUCCUAAAGAUAGGACUGUCUGCUGCUCCCUUUCAUUAUGCGUCUGCACUUGGAAAACAUCCGAUACGACGCAGCAUUUUCUUCUGUUAAGACUCAUCAGUGAAUCUUGUUUCUGUGACAUGAGGUUUUCUUGUUCCAAGUUAACAUUUUCUUUACACUUACCAGUUGUCUGAAUGUUACCGUUGCUUCCCUCUCAUAUAACUGUCAUUGCAUUUACAUGGACUGCUGUAAUUUAAAUGGACAUUUUGAACCAUCAAACAUUAAAACGGUUGACAAAAGAAAUAUAUCAAUUAUUAGGCUAAUUGUUAAAACUAAUUGUUAUUUUGCAGUCUGUGUAAUGUAGUGUUGAAAAGAUCAGGUAAAUGAUCUGUACGAUCAACAAGCAGUUUACUUCACAGCCUAUUAAAAUAUAAAUAAAAGCAGUUUGUAAGA